CUGACAUUACAUGUACAUUGGCGCCAUUGUACUACAGGAUUUGUAAUAUUUCUUGAAAUUACUACGUUAAUUUACUAUGUCUGGAAGAGACAGAAUGGGACGAAGAGGAGGCGACAGGCCUGGCUUUGGUGGCCGCAGAGGUGGUGGCUCUGUUCGAGGUGGACGAGGCUCUUUCAAGGGGAAGCAGCCUGGAGAAAGGCUACGUAAACCACGUUGGGAUCUCUCCAAGCUGAUGCCUUUCCAGAAGAACUUCUACAGAGAGCAUCCCAAUGUACAGAGAAGGUCUCAGCAAGAAGCAGAGAACUACAGGCGUCAUUUUGAGAUCACCUGUCAUGGUCAGAAUAUCCCAAAACCUGUUAUCAAUUUUGAAGAGGGAUGUUUUCCUGAUUAUGUAAUGGAAGCUGUUCGUCUGCAGCAGUACCAACAGCCAACUGCCAUCCAAGCCCAGAGUUGGCCCAUUGCUCUUAGCGGACGAGACAUGGUGGGCAUAGCGCAGACUGGAUCUGGGAAGACUCUUGCUUACAUUCUGCCAGCAGUUGUGCAUAUCAAUCAUCAGCCACCCCUUGCUCGAGGAGACGGCCCUAUUGCCUUGAUACUAGCUCCCACCCGUGAGCUGGCACAGCAGAUCCAGCAGGUUGCAAAUGACUUUGGGCACAUUUCUCGUGUAAGGAACACUUGCGUGUUUGGGGGAGCUCCUAAAGGACCUCAAAUAGGCGACUUAGAAAGAGGUGCCGAAAUCUGUGUCGCUACUCCUGGCCGUUUGAUUGAUUUUUUGGAGGCCAACAUAACCAACCUGCGGCGCUGCACCUAUCUGGUCCUUGAUGAGGCAGACCGUAUGCUGGACAUGGGCUUUGAACCUCAGAUACGAAAGAUCCUGGAGCAGAUAAGACCUGACCGACAGACACUUAUGUGGAGUGCGACUUGGCCGAAGGAGGUUCGUGCCUUGGCAGAAGAGUUUCUAGAUAACUAUGUACAGAUCAACAUUGGGGCAUUGCAGCUCUGUGCCAACCACAACAUUACUCAGAUUGUAGAUGUCUGUGAAGAAUGGGACAAGGAGCAGAAACUUUUUAAGUUGCUUGAAGAAAUAGUAGCAGAAAAAGAUAACAAAACCAUUAUCUUUGCGGAAACCAAGAGGAAAGUAGAUGAAUUAACAAAGAAAAUUAGGCGUGAUGGUUGGCCUGCUAUGUGCAUUCAUGGAGAUAAAUCACAGCCUGAAAGAGAUUGGGUUUUGAAUGAGUUUCGAAGUGGCCGUUCUCCCAUCCUGAUAGCCACUGAUGUUGCUGCACGAGGUCUUGAUGUGGAUGACAUCAAGUUUGUAAUCAAUUUUGACUACCCAAAUUGCUCGGAGGACUAUGUGCAUCGCAUUGGACGAACAGCCCGCAGCAACAAAAGUGGCACUGCAUACACCUUCUUCACAUCAGCCAAUGGCAAACAGGCAAAUGACUUGAUUGGAGUGCUGAAGGAGGCCAACCAGAAUAUCAAUCCCAUGCUGCAUGAUUUAGCAGACUGUAGGGGAGGUGGAAGGAUGCGCAACCGACACCGUGGAGGUCCGAUGCGAAAUGACAUGCGUGGCAACCCAAGGCGAGAUGAUCCAAGAGGUGGACGUAAUAUGAGAGACGCUCCUGCUCCUAUGAGGGGCAAUGACCGUAGUGGGAGACCUCCAGUGAUUGACCAACGCGCGGAUUCCAGAAACCGAUUGGGCAGCGGUCGACCGGAUCGGUCUGGAUCCGAGAGGCACCACCACCGAGAUGAGGGGAAUGCCAGGGAUUCCCGUGGCUUUGGAGGAGUUUCAGCUCAGGGACAACAACAGAAUUAUGGUCGAGAUGCUAAACGACCGGGGCCAGAACCACCGCAGAAUUAUGGCCGGGAACCCAAAGCACCUUUAGGGCCAGGGUUUGGAGCUGAAGUGAAAGGACCACAACAGCAAGCUUAUGGACGAGAGGCCAAGGGGCCUCAACAAAACUAUGGCCGGGAUGCUAAAGGACAUCAACCGCAACAAGGUUUUGGACGGGAUGAACAGCAACAGAACUAUGGUAGAGAUUCCCAUGGACAGCAACAAGGUUAUGGAAGGGAGUCUCAUGGUCAGCAGCAGGGAUUUGGGCGUGAUUCCCAUGGACAACAGGGUUAUGGAAGAACUUCCCAGCCUCAGAACUACCAUCGGGAAAAGGAUUCCCCUGGCUUCGGAAAUCGGGAAAACCAGAGCUUUAACCAGGGCAAUGCAAGGCCCUCGUUAUUGUCUAACCCUCAGGGUUUUCAACAGCCUCAAGAAGGCAGAAGUGGACAUGAUGAUCGCUAUGGAUCACGUGACAGACCACAGAGGCCGAAUGACGGAGGAUCUCGGCAACAUCCAUCCCCUCAAGGGAUGGGCCACCACGGACAAUAUGGUCCACCUCGUUCUGACAGGAAUCAGGCAAUGAAUAGUGCUAACCAACACCAUGGGCCACCUCCUCAGGGGCCCUACACCCGUGGCAUGGGCCAACGUCCACCUACUGCAGGACCUCCUCAGCAGCAACACCGCAUGGGGUCAAAAGCAAUGACAGAUGCGCAAACGAUUCAGUCUUUGUUUCAACCACCGCCUCCGCCUCCACCUAUUCCUUCCAGUGGCCCUACAUCUAGCAGUCUUACAAGAGCUGCUCUUUUAGCUCCUCCUCCACCUCCUCCCCCACAAAUGAACGGAUAUUACUAGAAAAGGAUUUCGCUCAAAAUAUUCCUAAUUCUGUUUUGUGCAGAAGCAGAUAAGAGAAGGAUUUCUUGGAACAUAAUAUUCAUUUAGAUUGAAAAAUCUCAUUCAAAACAUUCCAUAUCAGAUGUUAGGUAUGGAUGUACAUACACACAUUUAAUAUCUAUCCAAAACUUUAAAGAAUGUUUUUAAUGAUUGCAGACAAGUAUCUGAUUUUAACAUUCCUCAAACUAAAAGCUUCUUGGAAAAAUUGCAAAUGUUAAAAAUUCAUUUAGUUCAAAUAUUUCCUCCAAAUCAAUGCAGCCUUCUUUUCCCUUUUUUUUUCCUUCAAAAUCAGUUUUUUUUCCUGUCAUAUUUCAAUGCAAAAAGAUACCACUCUGAAAUAGUAUGACUCAUCUUGCAUAGUGUUAAAAAUAAGAUAGUUUUCUACCAGAUAUUUCUUUUUGAUACAAUAUUUAAAAACCUAGAUGCUAAAUUUGCCAUCUUAAAUUUUGUACUGCAUUGAUAAAUUUCUUUCCUGAUUCAUGGCAUUUGUGACAUAGGAAUAGAAAGAAAAGCUUUAAUUUAAACAAUUAAAAAAUAUUUUAUCUUACACUGUCUGCAUGUGUAGCAUAUUAAAAUUAUUUUUCUGAAUGAGAUAAAUUUCAUUUACUAAAAAUAGGAGCUUGAUUUUUCAUUUUCACUCCUAAAAGCUUAUUGCUAGCAUCAUCUUUGUACCUAGCUUUAAACUCUUAUUUCUUGCGCUAAUAUUGCAUCAAUUUGACAUGGGUGUUUUCUUGGAUUGAAUUUCUUUUUAUCUUAAUUUCUUAAGAAAUUUUUGUUUUGAAACUCAAUUUUGUGUCAAGUUCCACUUUAAGGAGCAUUGAAUGGUUGACGGGCAAAUAUCUGCACAAAAAAGGAAACUUUUGUUUUUCCUUUUUUAUCGCUAUUUUCAGUAUGAGCUUUGUUUUGUUUUCAAAUUGUUUCAUGUUGAUUAAUUAGGAAGAAAUAAUUUUUACUCAUUCAUUAGUGUUGCUAUAAAUGCAGGAAUAGUAUGUGUACGAGUGAAACCCACACAUAUACAUUUAAUCAUGCAUACAUGAUUUGCAUAAUACUUAAAAAUAUGAUUUACUAUGUGACAUUUGUGUUAACUGGGAGGAGGAGAUCAACCAUGGAUUAAUUUGUAAACUUUUUGCAAUAACGGAUUAUUAUGUAACAUUUGUGCCCUUAACUGGGAUGAUGAGUAAAUGAUUGUUAAACCAACUGGAUAUCAUAUGCGUAACCUUAUUCAUUAACACUUUUUAAACAGUUUUAUGUGUGCAUAUAUUGACAUUAAUAAUUGCGUGCAAAAUCAAAAUGUGUUAUUAAAAAUUUACGAAAGAGUUCACAAAUUCCUCGUCUAAAGGGAUCAUUCUAAGUGUAAUUCAUCAAGUUCUUGUGUUUCUUUUAAGAACUUUUAUUUCAUAUGCUGCAGAUCAGAGCAUAGAAUUUGCUUGAAGUUUUUUUUUUUUUUUUUUUUUGCCCAUAAUAUCAUGCAGCAGCUUGUAAAGAAUCAUCAAAAUUUGUUUUUGAACAUUUUCUACUUAUAAAUUUGCUUCCAUACGAAAUAUAUAAAAAUAUUUUUAAAAUUAUAGUGUAAAUACUCCAUGCAAUUGUCAUUUCCUUGUGAACUGAAAGUUUAAUGUUUGGCAUAAAAACUUUCACUGUUAGGAAACUAAUGUACUUAUUUAUUUUCUUGUGUUCAUUGUUGUAAGGAACUCUUCUCUAAGGAGCAGAGAGUAGCAUUGACAUAAAAAUCAUUCAUAAUAGUUUCAUUUGAAAUCACUUUCAUUAUUCACAAGAGAUGUAUGUCAUAAAGUACUGCUGAAGUUCUCUGUAAGAAUCAUUGUUUUCCAAUAAAAUUGUCAUGAU